AUGGCCGCGGAGCUCAAGGAGGGCCGCGAGCUCUACAAGAGCGGCAAGUUCGGCGACGCGGCGGCGAAGUUCGGGUCGGCGCUCGAGGACGACUCGACGGAGGUGGACCAGCUGCACAUGAUCCACAGCAACCGCUGCGCGUGCUACAUGCAGCUCAAGGCCUUCGACAAGGCCUACGACGACGCCGAGGCCUGCACGUCCCUGAAGCCGACCUGGGCCAAGGGCUGGGCGCGCCUCGCGGCCGCGUGCGACGCGCUCGGGAAGCUGCCCCAGGCGGCCGCCGCGUACGAGAAGGCCGCGGAGCUCGACCCGGCGAACGGCGCGCAGCACCUCAACGACGCGGCGAAGGUCAAGGCGAAGGCCGACGCGGCGAACGGCGCGGGCAACUACCGGCGCGUGCCCUUCCCGGAGCAGCGGAGCGUCCAACCGGUCGGCGGCCGCUUCGAGAACGCGCACCUGAUGGCGCGCGGCGCGGUCUUCGUCUACAGCGCCAUCUACCUCGUGUCCUUCACGACGGACCUCGCGACGCUCCGCGCGCGCUACCGCUCCGCCGUCAAGUUCCUGUGUCUGUCGCUCGUCAUGCACUGGGGCCGCGCGCACGGCCGCCCGAAGAUGGACCGCGCGUACGCGCAAAAGUGCAUGACGGACCCGGGCUGCCAGCGCCUCUUCGGGGCCUUCAUCCUGCUCCUGGGCCAGGGCUCCUUCAUCGCCCUGCUGCCCCUGCUCUACUUCGAGGCGCGGCGUCGGCGCACGCGCGUGGGCCUGAAGUCCCAGGCGCUCCAGGCGACGGCGGCGCUCGAGGGGACGCUGCUGGAUGGCGACGGCCAGCUCGACGCCAAGGUCGUCGUGAACUGCGCCUACGCGGAGGCCGGCGCGGGGCUCCUCAUGGUCCUCGAGCUCCUCACGCCGCGCCGCAACUUCAUCCUCCUCGUCCUCUACUGGCAGUACAUGCAGAUGCGCAUCAUGCUCGAGGGCGCCGCGACGGGCGGCGCCGGCGGGCCCCUCCACGCCGCCUUCGGCGCCGUCGACGCCAAGGUCGUCGCCGUCGUCGGCAACCCCGCGUGCCCCGCGCUGCUCCGCGGCGCCUACGGCAAGAUCAAGCAGCUCGCCAAGAACCAGGUCGCCCUCCCCGAGCCGGGCAAGAAGCCGGGCCUCAAGUGCACGAUCAUGUAG